AUGGAUUGUCCCAGGUACAAAACUCCCAAGGUGGACCAACUGACUACUGUAGCAGCCGACCUCUAUGUUCAUGAGCAUUCAUCGUCCCUUUCUUUUAUCAAGAAAAAUUGGGGUGACUGCGCAUCCACUACUGUUGAAAAGGGUUCUGUUAAACAUGUCAUUUUGUCACGGGAUGCUGAGUCGGAGGCUCUUACUCCUUUCUUUCGGUUCCCUACCAUUCUUCCCUCUCGGGUACCCAUCACUCUAGAGGAAUUUGCUAUUGGUGUGGCCACUGAGGACCUAGCUUUCGUCCAGAACCAAUUUGUGGAUGACAUACUAGGUCUUUUUGUGGAUGCUUCUUACACCCUAUCCAAGGCCGAAUAUCUGAUUUCAAUGGUAGCCGCUGGCCAGGAUGAUGUGUUAGGUUUCGGCGAAGUUGUUAGGGAGCGAGAAGAACUGAAAAAGAAGUGCGAGACCCUUGCGCGAGAGAAUUCCAAACCUGAGGAGGAAUUGGUUGAGUUGUGGAAAAAGGUCGAGCUUGUUGACUCUUUGCAGGAGAAGGUGAAGCAAUAUAGUUCUUUGUCGGCUUUGGCUGCUAAGUUAGCGGAGUUGAAGGCAUCUCUUAACGAGGGAGUGAAAUAUUGGAAGAAGACUUCUGAAGGUGUGGCGAAGGCGUGACGUGAGUUCGAAGUAGAUCACAAAGCUCUUCAGUAGAAGAAAUAUGAUUGAGCCAAAUUUGUGAAAGGCCUUGAGGAGAACUUGUUGUUACGCGAAAGAAAUCUCAGGAUUCCAUUAAAUGGUCUAUGAAAUUCGUGUACCAUAUCUGUGAUCAGAUGUUAGAGCUGGCGCGAGAAUUUUAUCCCGACAUUUCUGUCACUUCAAAUCAACUGAUUUCCUUCCAAGCCAUUCAUAGAGAGAACGACGAAGAUGGUUCAGGUGUAUUGGAGUCGGGUUUAAGGCCACGCCUUAUGACAUGUAUGUCCCCCCGACUCCUUUGAGGAACCAGAAAUGGAGGAGAUUAAAGCUACGGUGGAACAAAGCUCUGUGAGCGAUUUGGUGAUGCGGCUUCUUGGACCGAAGGUUACGAUCGUGACACAUCUUGAAUUAGAGACAUUGAUCUUGAAUUGGUGUUGCUAAUAUCUAGUACGGUGGACCAUAAAGGGUUUGAUUGCAUGGGUUGCACUCCAAGGCCCAAGUCAGUUAAGGUUCAAGAUAAUCGUAGUGAGAGUAGAAAUUAGAGAUUGUGUCCUUAAAACCCUCUUGAAAUGUAUUUAUACCUUAGGUCUUAUGAUCAAUGAAGUAGGCGAGACGAGUGGGUCUAAUCUUA